AUGGAGAGCAACAACAACAACAACAACAACAACAACAACACAAUUGAUAAUGUUCAACGCCAACUAGCAUCAAACUCUGCAACGAAGAAUGGAUGUGGUUUCUUUGGUAAACCGGCAACUCAAGAGUUGUUCGGUAGAGCUAUUGAGACGAAAGUGAAGCAAUAUAACGGGGACAUAAUGGCUUCAGAUCAAGAGGAAGAUGAUUUCCUCGGUUUUUCUGAUGAUGAAGGCGACGGCAUUAACUCCGAUUCUGACUCGGAGGAAGGUGAUGAUGCUGCUGACUUGGUACAAGCUUCUCAAAAUACUGCUGCUGAAUUUGGGGACAUUGGGUUUAAUGAAGAUGUACCAAACAGCACUGAAUAUGUACAGCAAGUACCAGAAGUAGAAGGGGAAGGGCAGCAGCAAACUACCAACUUUCAAGAGAACAUGCAUCAUAGAUCUUGCAAGAAUGCUGAAUUUGGGACCAACAACAGUAUGGAGGCUCAUCAAGAGGAAAAUUAUAAAGCCACACUCAAGUCCCUUGCAUCCAGGCAUUUCAGAAGCAUGCAAAAUGGCAAGGAUAAGGUGGGUAAUCAGACUGAUAAUGGACUACACUAUACCACAAGAACCAACAUAUUACAGCAUGUAUGA